AUGACGAGUCUUGAAACACUCGUUCUCAAGGGGCCCGGGGGUGACGCAGAGGCAGGCUUGGAACAGUUGCGCUACACAGUCUUGUCAGAUGGUAUAGCCAGCAACAGCGAUGGCAUGUCCGAGUUGCGCAUGUACGUCUGGCUCAUCCUGCUCAACGUACCUCCUCUCCGCACCGAUGCCUACCUCGAUCUCGUGCGACAGGGUGCUUCACCCGCCUACACCAAGAUCCGCAACGACACAUUCCGCACCUUGACAACAGAUCCUUUGUUCCGUCGUCGCGUCACCGAGAAUAGUCUUACCCGGGUUUUGAACGCCAUUGCCUGGAAGCUGCACGAUGCCCACGAGGCCCGCGUGAACGGAUGGAUGUCACCACCCACUUUGUCUGUACCCAGGAGCAUCGACGGCCAGUCGGAUCAAGUCACUUCGCCCACCUCCAGACACCGCGCCUCCAUCACUGGCACCGAAGGCUCCGAGGCUGGCGAUGGCGCCUCCCAAGUUGGUUAUGUUCAGGGCAUGAAUGUCAUGGCCGCUCCUUUCCUGUACGCCGCUCGUAGCGAGGCUGAAGCCUUUGCUGCCUUCGACCGCUUCAUCACAGUCGAGUGCCCAGGCUAUGUGAGGGGCUCAAUGGAUGGUGUUCACAGAGGCCUAGCUCUAGUAGACAGAAUCCUGGCCAUUGUGGACCCCAAGCUCUCUGCCUACCUGGCGAGCAAAGGCAUGGAGGCCAGAAUCUAUGCCUUUGCCAGUGUACUGACCAUGUGUGCCUGUACCCCUCCUCUGCCAGAAGUUCUCCAACUGUGGGAUUUCUGCUUCGCUUACGGGCCACACUUGAACCUGCUAUGCAUUGUCGCUCAGUUAGUUCUGAUUCGCGACCAGCUCCUGAGCAGUCCAAGCCCGAACCAGAUCCUAAGGUCGUUCCCACCUCUACAGGCAUCAAAGAUAAAGCCCAUGGCUAUCAGCUUUGUUCGAAAAUUGCCAGAGGACCUUUACCAGCAGGUUGUCGAUCAUGCAAAGUAA